CAAACAACCGACUAUGAAUGACGAUUCAACUGUAGAAAUGGACUUUGGGGUUCCAUCAUUUGAGAGAAACUGUGAUUCUUCACUGAGAGCGGUGCCAGACGUUCAGGUGUCAGACAUUCAGGUGCCAGACGUUCAGGUGCCAGACGUUCAAGUGCCAGACGUUCAGGUGUCAGACAUUCAGGUGCCAGACGUUCAGGUGUCAGAUAUUCAGGUGCCAGACGUUCAGGUGUCAGACGUUCAGGUGUCAGACGUUCAGGUGCCAGACGUUCAGGUACCAGACGGUCAGGUGUCAGACAUUCAGGUGUCAGACGUUCAGGUGCCAGACGUUCAGGUGCCAGACGUUCAGGUGCCAGACGUUCAGAUGCCAGAUGUUCAGAUGCCAGAGGUUCAGAUGCCAGACGUUCAGGUGCCAGACGUUCAGAUGCCAGACGUUCAGCCAGACGUUCAGAUGCCAGACGUUCAGAUACCAGACGUUCAGGUGCCAGACGUUCAGGUGCCAGAUGUUCAGAUGCCAGACGUUCAGGUGCCAGACUUGAAUGAUGAUUUAACUAUAGGAAUGAACUCUGCGGUUCCAUCAGUUGAGAGAAACCAUGAUUCUUUACUAAGAGUGAUAAGAAGUAAGAGAGAUGAGAUAAGAAGAAAGAGAGAAAGAAAGCGCUUAAUGGCCAGAAGAUGGUUUAAAAUGAUGUGUGAUAAAAUCAUCAGCGACAAAACACAGUUAAUUCUGAGGCAAGUUUUUCAUUAA